AGAUAACAUUUAUUUUUUUGACGAAAACUUAAAAUGUUAUCUAGAAUCACCGUACUCGUUGUCUUUGUGGUCACACCCGUGCUAUGUGGAAUGUCGCUGACGGACGACCCUGCUGUUAAAUGCGCUCUGUACCACUUAUCGAAGUAUGUUAAGUAUCAGGUGAAUGAUAUCUCAAUUCUCAAGCAACACAUCGCUGCUUUGAAAGCAUGCGCCGGUACCGAGGACUGCUUAUCAGGCACCGAUGAUAUCAACACGUUCGAUGGACAGCAAUCUGGUUUGCCGGAAAUCGCUGCCCCGGACGGCUGCGAUUACGAUUCAACCGGCGACGGAACGGACGUCGUAAUAGAACCGGAGGAGAAUGGGGGUGGGGAGCUACCACCAGAUGUAACAGAGGCACCAGAAGUGAUCCCUGCUCCUGAAGGACUGGUUGGUUUAUGGCCACUAAUGGGCGACGCAAUCGAUAAAUCGGGUAACGGUAACGAUAUUGAUGUACCCGACAACGGCAUCUCAUACGACGCAACCGAAGACGAUGGAAGCGGGGCUUACUAUUUUGUGAAUGGUUACAUGGAGAUUCCCAACACAAUCAACGCUGAGUACUCCAUCAGUAUACUGGCUCGUGUGAAGUUCGGCAGAUCAAACCGUGGUAUGGUGUUCUCCUUCCUGGCGGCGGACGAUACCCUAGCAGUACGUAUUUAUCGCAAUCGCUUCAGCAGUCUUCUAAUCACACUUAAAGACAGAGAUAGUGACAUGGAAGUAAACUUGGAUAGCAAGCAGAAGUCUAUUCAACCCGUGGAAUGGCAUGACAUCGCGUUCACUUACGAUUACCAAUCUGGAAACGCAAAAUUCUACAUAGACCAGGUAGAGGCUGUUUCCGAAGACUUUGGUACCAUGAAUUUAGAUACCGGUGUGAAGGCAGUAAUUGGCAGUGACCCUGCAGGCAAUGCUUACAAAGGGUAUUUUAAGUGCCUCCAGAUCUACGACCAUGCACUCAACUUGUUUGAAAUUAAGAGCGCUCAACCAGACGGCGGCUGUCCAAACGCUCCACCAUCUUAGUAUCUAAAGAUCGUAUACAACUAGUACGUUAUGCAUGCUUUUGCGGUGUAGGAUGAUAAGUAGAAUUUAUUAGAAUGAAUUAAAUAAUAAAUGAUUCAAUAGAUAUGU